AUGUCAUUGCAAGCCAGUAAUAAGAGGACGAGAAGAAGUAAAAAGAGAAGAACCGCUGAUAUUAGUGAUUCUGAUUCUUCCUCAUCUUCUUCAUCUUCCUCAGCUUCUGAGUCUGAGAUGGAAGCAGAUGCCAAAGAAAAUGAGGAUAAUAUUGAACUAUCAGAUAUCGAAAUGUCGGAGGAAGAUGAUGCCCAAAAGGUAACGUCAGAGAGACUAGACGAUGAAACAAGGAACAGAUUGAAUCAAAUACCUUUGACAAAUACAGAACUUUCGAAAAGGGCUGGAAAUAACGUCAAUAGCAUUGAUCUAAAAAAAGUACAACAUGAUAUUGAAGAGGCCAAGGAAAAAGUCAGUUUGGUAAAGGAUGGAAAUGAACUAAAAAAUGCCUACCUUAAUGUCCUUUUCAACCAUUACGGAGAAGAUGUUAAUUCAUUACGAAAAGCUCCAGACUUCACGGCCAAAUCACUCGUGUUACUAGCUAACGUUCUCAAGGACGGUGCCAACAUGUUCGAUGUCGACUCACUUAAGACAAUUGUAGAGCCUAAACAAUGA